AAUAGAAAGGAAAGAAUAGAUUGGAAAAACAGAAAAGGCAAAUUCAACACAGAUAUUUGCUGAGCAAAUAGAAGCGAAGCUUAAUUUCUUUCUCACACAGAUUUGACAUGGCAAAAUCACACGUUCCACUCUAGGGUUUCUCUCUCCACGCUCUGUUCGUCAUUCACUCGGUCUGUUAUCAAACCUUUGCAGUUUUGGUGGAACUACCUCCACUGAUACCUUUUGUUUUUGUUUUUGUUUCUUCUUUGGGUCUGGGGAGGUCCACCACUUGGAUGGGGCCUAAGUGAUACCCCAUUAAGGUGGUAGGGGAGAGGGAAGAGUUUUGAAGGUACACUGGGAGGGGGUUGAAUCUGUUCUAAUGAGCACACUGAGCACACUGCAUUAUUCUAAGGGAAGAAGCGUUACAGUUUUGGCAAGUGAGAUGAGUGGAAGUGGCAGAAAGCGCUCUACAAAGUGGGAUUUGAGAGAUGAUCCUGAGUUUGUACUUGAUAGUAAGCAAUUGCGGGCUGGGUGGUCCUCUGCAGAUGUUGCUGGUGGCAAUAGUUCAAAGUGGUCUUAUUUGGAAGGCAGUGAUAAAUCAAAGCCUGGUAUGGGAUUUUCAUCUAAUGAACCUUUUCCUGGAGGCAGGGGGUCAAAUAAGGGUGAUAUUAUGAAUAAAGACCAUACAUUUUUGGAUGCUACGAUGGAAUGGGAUGCAGAUGAAAAUUAUAGAAAGAAAAUGUCUCCUGGGUUUGAGGAAUGGAAAAAUAAGAGACAUAGUCAAUCCCCCAAAAAUGGUUGGAGCAGGUCAGUGAGAAGUCGGAGCAGGAGCCCUCCUCAUGGUUUUAGGUGGGAUUCUGGAGUCAAUGAGAAAAAUAGGAUGAGAGCUGGAGUAUCAACACAACCAUGUAGAGAUUUUGCUGCUGGUAAAUGCAGGAGAGGUAGCCAUUGCCAUUUUCUUCAUCAUGAUAAUAAAAAUCACGAGGAUAGUUGGGAAAAUAAGUGCAGGGAAGAUGGGGCUCCCAGAUAUUCUGCACCGCAUGAGAGUAGAGACCAUUCUCAUAAGAGUGGUAGAUCUAAUGAAACUUGUAUUAACUAUGCAAAAGGUAGGUGUAGAAUGGGAGCAUCAUGUAAGUUUGUGCAUCAUAACAAUUCUGAUGGACACGGUAAAGUUUCUAUGGAUGAAUUAACUAGAGAAAGGGAAGUUGAUAGAAGGCACAGAGAUAGUUCUUUUGAGCAGGGUGGUGGGCAUGGGCCAAACCGUAGUGGUGAAACACUCUGCAAAUAUUUUGCAAAUGGAAAUUGUCGUAAUGGUAAAUAUUGUAGAUUUUCUCAUGAUAAGCAAGCAUGUACAAGCCCUAAUAGAAGAGUAAGAGAUGAUAGGUGGCCAGGCAAUCCAGGAGGAGAUAAUCAGAUGCUGGAUAGGCCAAAAUUGAGUGACUCAUUAAGUCCUCAUAGAAGGCUAAGAGAUGAUAGGUGGGAUUCAGAUGGUAAAGCUGAUGCAGAUAAAGUUUUGGACGGUCCAAAGCGGACUGAUACAGUUGCUGUCCCUGAUACAGUAAAGCUUGUUGAUGACAAAAGUGGAGGUGUGGGUACCACAGAGCCAGGAUUUACUGCUUGGCCCCCGAGGGAUGGAUGGGGUCAUAGCUUGGAUAAGAGCAAAGUGCGUGGUGAACCACCAUUUUCAAGUGAUAAGAAGGAAGGUGACAGUUGGAUAGCUGGAAGUACUGGUGCCAACAAGCAUAGUUUCCAUACAACAGGUACAGACAUUUGGCUUGGUGAUGCAAAAAUGUCUCCGGAUUGGGAUUACAGGGUGGGAUCUUCCAGCCGUAUUGAAAAAGGUCAUGAACAAAAUAAGCAUGGGAUAACACAAAGUGGUAUGUAUUUAGCUGCCUCUGAACAUGACAGAACUCAAAUUGCCCCAGGACAAGGCUUUAAUCAGAAUGCCCAGAGUUUAAAUCCUCUGCAUUCUUCAAGCAGCCAAGCAAUUGCUCAAAGUCAUGUGGCAGCUUCCAUUCUUCCAUCAAGAGGAGGAAUUGUUGAUGGUAUGCAGAACCAACAAGUCUCUACUGAGAAAAAGUACAUUGCUGAAUCCAAUAUCAUGGAUGCAGGCUUAUCACAAGUUAGUUCAAAAAAUCCUCCUCCAACUCAGAACGUGGUAGGCAAAGAACAGCUUGCUCAGCUUACCAAUCUCACAGCCUCUCUGGCUCAUAUCCUUGGGACAGGUCAGCAGCUGCCACAACUUUAUUCUGCCUUGAUAUCUCAUGAUGCAAAGGGCACUCCCUCCCUAGCAAAAACUGAAGUGCCUGCUAUGUCUGUUUCCAAUACAUUAAUCAAGCCAGAUCCUGCUGUUGGACUCCCGGAGCAGUAUGAUCCAAUGUUUGACAGUAUUGAGCAAAAGAGUGCUGUUGCAAGUGGGGUGCCCCCAGUCAUUCCUUCAAGAAAAAUUGCAGAAGAUGAAGUAGAAAUUCCGUCAAAGUUGUCUAACUCAGAGAAACAAAAUUGUGGUGAUUCUUUGAAGGCUGCUUGCUCAGAAGAACUUGUCAAGAGUGAUCAUGUAAUCCAGUUGCAGCUGGGUCAAAACACUGAGGUUAAUAAGGAUAACAAGGAAGUGGUAGCCGAGGAAAGGAAAAAUUCUCAGGAUGAUCAUAAAAAUAGUCCUUUGGAAAACAUGGACCCAAAUGAUGGUCCUGAUGAGGCCAAGAAAACUAAAGACAUGAAGGGGAUUCGUGCAUUUAAAUUUGCGUUGGUUGAAUUUGUUAAGGAGCUUCUGAAACCAACAUGGAAAGAUGGUCGAAUUACCAAAGAAGAUUAUAAAACAAUUGUGAAAAAAGUUGUUGAUAAAGUAACUGGUACCAUGCAGGGGACCCAUAUUCCUCACACACAAGAGAAAAUUGACCAGUAUUUGUCAUUUUCAAAACCAAAGCUUAACAAACUUGUACAGGCAUAUGUGGAAAAGGUUCAGAAGGCUUAGUGCAUUUGUAGAAAUUUGACUGCCAACUCUAUCGGUUAUAUUUUACUCGGCAUUGUUCUCUUCAAUAUGUACUCUGCUUCUUUACCUCUGGAUUUGUCUUUCCCUUGACCUCGGGUACUUCAGUUAUUUUACAGCUCUUGCGUACCUACGAUAUUGGAGCUUUUCUUUAGGCCUUUUAUUAUUUUUUCCGUCGUUUCGUCGGGGAAAAAAUUAUUGGGUGUUGAUGCCAUUGGUCAAUAGUUCGCAACACCAAUGUUAGGCAGUUGUUAUGGGAUUUGUUUUAUUUUUCUAGUUUAUUGUAAUCAUAGGAGGCUAUUUCUUUUUCAUAACUGAGCCACGGAACCGAAAGAUGGUGGAGUUCAAUGCCUGAUUGUUUCGAACUGAACGGACGAGGUGUCAAUUGUCGACAUUUUGCACUAGAAAUUUCUAUGCAGUUUGCGUCUAUGUAUGCUACUAGUCAUUCUACUCAAAAUAUAGAGAAUAAUG